UCUCGGCGGGGCUGCGGGACCGCGAGUGAGUGUGGUCGCUCUUAGUUUUGCCAGCUCCCCUGAGAGCCCGAACCCGGGCUUGAGAGCCUCGCCACCCCGGGUGAAGUCCCUGCCGUGGGCUUGGGGGCUCUGGGUGUGAUCCCACCGGUCCGGGUCCCGCAGUGACCACCUACCCAGCGCAGUCAGGGGCGGGGCUGGGACCCAGAGUGGUACCCCGGCUGCCGAGUCCAGGUGUCCCGCGGGCCUCGAUUCGGGGAGCAGGUUUUGUCUUCGCUCUGUUUGGAGGAGAGGGUGUGUGUCAUCCUCUUCUCCCAGUUUGGCGUUCAGGAGGGUCCUCUGAUGCGCUAAUAGGGUAGCACCGUGCCCUCCAGGGAGGGUGGAACACCGCGCUUCUCUCCAGUUGAGAGUACGUACUGUCAGUCGCGUCCUUGUCACCUGGAAAGAAUGGAUUGGCUUGUGGAUUGAAGUCCAAGGUGUGGUCACCAGCAGUCUUUUCAAAUGGGGACACAGGGCAAGGAGGAGCUUGCUGGAAAAAACGCCAGGUCUUCAAGGAUGUCUGCCACCACCAUGCCUGACCCAUUUGGCAGCAGCCUCGUGUGUGGUGGUCUGGUGUGGAUGGUAGAAGAGUGAUUCUGCUGAGUGUCAGUGUGACCACUCGUGCUCAUCCGUAUCUCAGGCAGGAGGACAGGUGCCGGAGCAGCUCGUGCAGCUAAGCAGCCAACUGCAGAAACGUCAGAACCCCCAAAGCCUCCCCAGUCUCUGAUAACACAUCCAGGGUCUUUCGGUGGCCUGGAGGAGCUAUAACAUCUGCUUCCUACAGCCUCCACCCUGUCUGCUGCUGCUCUUCAGACACCAGACCCUACACACCCCUCGGACAGUAUGGCACCCACCCUGCCCUUCAACUCUUGCUUGGCCCCGUAAGCCAGUCCUUCCAGGCUCCUGCCUCCUCUGGUCAUUCCCUGCGCGGGCCUCUCGCAGGAAGCAAUUUUCCUGUGUCUGCCCCCAACCCCCUGCAGGAGGCCUCUUGCAGUCUCCAAGGCACCAUGAAUGCCAUCGUGGCUCUCUGCCACUUCUGCGAGCUCCACGGCCCCCGCACUCUCUUCUGCACGGAGGUGCUGCACGCCCCACUUCCUCAAGGGGCUGGGAAUGAGGACAGUCCUGGCCAGGGUGAGCAGGCGGAAGAAGAGGAAGGCGGCAUUCAGAUGAGCAGUCGGAUGCGUGCGCACAGCCCCGCAGAGGGGGCCAGCGUCGAGUCCAGCAGCCCGGGGCCCAAAAAGUCGGACAUGUGCGAGGGCUGCCGGUCACUUGCUGCAGGGCACCCGGGGUAUAUCAGCCAUGAUAAAGAGACCUCCAUUAAAUACGUCAGCCACCAACACCCCAGCCACCCCCAGCUCUUCAGCAUUGUCCGCCAGGCCUGUGUCCGGAGUCUGAGUUGUGAGGUCUGCCCUGGCCGCGAAGGCCCCAUCUUCUUCGGAGAUGAGCAGCACGGCUUUGUGUUCAGCCACACCUUCUUCAUCAAGGACAGCCUGGCCAGGGGCUUCCAGCGCUGGUACAGCAUCAUCACCAUCAUGAUGGACCGGAUCUAUCUCAUCAACUCCUGGCCCUUCCUGCUGGGGAAGGUCCGGGGAAUCAUUGAUGAGCUCCAGGGCAAGGCGCUCAAGGUGUUUGAGGCAGAGCAGUUUGGAUGCCCACAGCGUGCUCAGAGGAUGAACACAGCCUUCACUCCAUUCCUACACCAGAGGAACGGCAACGCCGCCCGCUCGCUGACGUCGCUGACAAGUGAUGACAACUUGUGGGCGUGCCUGCACACCUCCUUUGCCUGGCUUCUGAAGGCGUGUGGCAGCCGGCUGACCGAGAAGCUCCUGGAAGGUGCUCCGACCGAGGACACCUUGGUCCAGAUGGAGAAGCUCGCUGAUUUAGAAGAGGAAUCAGAAAGCUGGGACAACUCUGAGGCCGAAGAGGAGGAGAAAGCCCCUGUGUUGCCAGAGGGUACAGAAGGGCGGGAGCUGACCCAGGGCCCGGCAGAGUCCUCCUCUCUUUCAGGCUGUGGGAGCUGGCAGCCCCGGAAGCUGCCAGUCUUCAAGUCCCUCCGGCACAUGAGGCAGGUCCUGGGUGCCCCUUCUUUCCGCAUGCUGGCCUGGCACGUUCUCAUGGGGAACCAGGUGAUCUGGAAAAGCGGAGACGUGGACCUCGUCCAGUCAGCUUUUGAAGUGCUUCGGACCAUGCUGCCUGUGGGCUGCGUCCGCAUCAUCCCAUACAGCAGCCAGUACGAGGAGGCCUAUCGGUGCAACUUCCUGGGGCUCAGCCCGCACGUGCAGAUCCCCCCCCACGUGCUCUCCUCAGAGUUUGCUGUCAUCGUGGAGGUCCACGCAGCCGCACGUUCCAUCCUCCACCCUGUGGGGUGUGAGGAUGACCAGUCUCUCAGCAAGUACGAGUUUGUGGUGACCAGCGGGAGCCCUGUAGCCGCAGACCGAGUGGGCCCCACCAUCCUGAAUAAGAUUGAAGCGGCUCUGACCAACCAGAACCUGUCUGUGGAUGUGGUGGACCAGUGCCUCGUCUGCCUCAAGGAGGAGUGGAUGAACAAAGUGAAGGUGCUUUUUAAGUUCACCAAGGUGGACAGUCGACCCAAAGAGGACACACAGAAGCUGCUGAGCAUCCUGGGUGCGUCUGAGGAGGACAAUGUCAAGCUGCUGAAGUUCUGGAUGACUGGCCUGAGCAAGACCUACAAGUCACACCUCAUGUCCACGGUCCGCAGCCCCACAGCCUCGGAGUCUCGGAACUGACCCGUCACACACACCUGCCCAAAGACGGGGAUGGCUGUCCACAGGCUCCUCCAGCCCCGUGAGAGGGACUGUCCCUUGAGUUUCUCAACUGCUGGAAGGAGCUGUGUCCCAGCAAGGAAGGGAAACCGUCGGGGCUGGGCCCGGCCCUGUCAGGCUUGGGGCCUGUGUGCUUCCCACACUCUCCCUCAAGCCGUUGGAAUCGCUGAAGAUGGCAAUGAAAGGCGGAGGGAUGGUGGGCUCUCUCUGUGUUCAAACCCCUUGGAGAGACACCUAGGAGGACAGCUUGCCUCUCAGGCCCCUUGUGGACUUAGACUCAAAACCCACAGGAGAAACCGGUCCAACUCGGUAUGCAGUCGCGAUAACAUGUCCGCUCCCGAGGUUAACAUUCAAGCGUUUCUAUUUUGAAAUUCAGCAAGAGUUUCUGGGCCUUGUGUUUGAGGGUAUCUUCUGCUGCAGUUGUGAAUAUUCAGUAUAUUGCCAGCUCUUGGUCAUUGAGUGAUUGAGUUAGGGCUCCGCAAGAGACUUUGGGGAGUGAAGUGGAUCUGUUCCUCAUCUUCCAGUCCUCUGAAAUGUGUGUUCUGAAGCCAUGGGGCUCAUCUUCUGGGGUGUUCCCCUGUAGGUGCUGAUGAAGGUAACCUAGGGCUUAACAAUGGAGCCCCUGAUCAUUUUUGCACAAGAUAGGUUGCUGAGGGGUCAGCAAGCAUCUGACUUGCUUUUAUUCUGUAUUGCUUUUGUCUUUAUUGCCACUUUCAACAUUUACAUUUGGUUACAGUUAACUAUUUUCAGAGUGUGGUGAUUAAAGAGAAAUUCAUCAUCCCACUGUACUUUUUUUUUUUUUUGAGAGGGAGUUUCACUCUUGUUGCCCAGGCUGGAGUGCAAUGGCAUGA